AUGUGCAAGACAGUACUUGUCAAAGGACCAUGCUGGUGCAACGGCAACAAUGGCAAGAGAGUCACCCUGCGCGAAUAUCUGGAGAAGUGUCCGAAUGUAUUGAAUGGAGGCUCGCAUGAUGAGUUUGAGCUACUUUUUCCGGAGAUCAAGGUUGUUAAAAGUAGAUGUGAUAAGUGCCCGUAUUUAGAGGUUGAGGCGGAUAGAUUGGAAACGGAAGCGAGGGAAAGGGAAAGGAUGGAGAUUGAUAGACAGGCGGAAAGAGUGGAGGUGCAGAGAGUGGUGGAAGAGAGAGAAGCGCAAGUAGUGGCGCAGGGAGGUUAUCAGGGAUACGAAGGAGGAUAUCAAGGAGGAUACGAAGGAGGAUAUCAAGCAAACAGUCAAGCAGAUCAUCAAGGAGGAUACCAGGAAGGAUAUCAAAGAAGCUAUCAAGGAGGCAAUCAAGGAAGCUAUCAAGAAGCCCAUCGCCAAGGCCAUCGAAGAGUCCAUCGAGGACACAAACGUUGA